CUCAUGCUAUGUUCCCUCAAAAUCCUUAUUAUUCAUUUUUAUAGGUUUCUGUUCCCUCCUCCUCCACCACCACCAGCAGCUCACCCUCUUAGAUCGGAUCCCUUCACAUUAACCUGUAAAUACCAUGACUAAAAAAACAAAAAGUUCAAAACUUUAACCUCUUUUAAUCACCAAGACAAUAUUAACUCACCCCCAUUCUUUGUCAUCAUAAAAUCUAUACUGCGUUUGCUUUGUUUUCUUCUGCUCUGCUCUCUUUGUUUUAUUGUCUUUUCUUAAAUAUAAGAGUACAAGGAAGGUACAACGGUGUGCUGACAUAAAUGGGAAAUGUAACGUCAAGUGUGGCAGCAAAAUUUGCUUUUUUCCCGCCAGACCCUCCCACGUAUGAUGUGUUUAGAGAGAGUGAUGGGAGGCUGGUGUUACCAGGUGUAACUGCAGACAAGAACAUGGAGGUUCAUUUGUUGGAAACUAAACCUGGGAACAAGAUUGUGGCCACGUUUUGGAAACACCCUUUUGCAAGAUUUACAGUUUUGUACUCUCAUGGAAAUGCUGCUGACCUUGGACAAAUGCAUGAGCUUUUCAUUGAGCUUAGAGCUCAUUUGAGAGUCAAUAUUAUGAGCUAUGAUUAUUCAGGAUAUGGAGCAUCUUCCGGCAAGCCAUCUGAGUUCAACACAUACUAUGACAUUGAGGCUGUGUACAAUUGUUUGAAGAAGGAUUAUGGAAUAAAGCAGGAAGACUUGAUCUUGUAUGGCCAAUCUGUUGGAAGUGGUCCUACCCUGCACUUGGCUUCUCGUUUACAGAAGUUGAGAGGCGUCGUUCUUCACAGUGCAAUUCUUUCAGGCAUAAGGGUCUUGUAUCCUGUCAAGAUGACAUUUUGGUUUGACAUUUACAAGAAUAUAGACAAAAUACGUCUUGUCAGCUGCCCUGUUCUGGUUAUCCAUGGAACAAAUGAUGAUAUCGUUGAUUUAUCCCAUGGAAAGCGCCUGUGGGAACUUGCCAAGGAAAAAUAUGAUCCCUUAUGGGUCAAAGGUGGUGGGCAUUGCAACCUUGAAACUUACCCUGAGUACAUCAAGCACUUACGAAAGUUCAUAAAUGCGAUGGAGAAAAUCUCCAUUGUUAAACCGACAAAGCAACUCACACAGAACCCAAGUAUUGAAGUCAAACACAACAAGUGCUUAAGAUUUGGAAUUAGGUAGCCAGUUGAAUUUCAGUUCAUCAAAUCAGGUAGUUUUAUUACAAGAGGAACCCGUUCCGAGAUUGGAUAUGCUUGCUUCAUGGACUUGCAAUUGGUGGCCAAGCAUGUUAUUGCCAGUAUGUUUCUAAAGAUCAGGAAUUAAUAGGAAAUAUACUUUGUUUGUUGCAGAUCCUGUUCAGGUAGCCAUUUACAGGUAUCAAGUUUUUGUAACUAUUCAUAAGUGCUGUGUCAAAGUAUUUUGUCAGAAAAAUCAUGAGAAAUGUGCAUGGUCUGGGUUUUCUUGUAAAAUAUAACUGCUGGUUUUUGUAACAACUAUCCAGAGAAUCAAAUACAUGGGUUAGUUUUGUUUUAACUCGAU